GUCGCGCAUUGGCUCAAACUCGCGUCAAUCGCGCUGCGCGACUUCAGUAGGCUGGCAGACUUCCUUCAAUAUUAUUUCUGGGAAGCAGGGUAAAAGUACUCAAAAAUGUUGCCGAUCCACAACACUGGGACGGACUGAAUGGAGGCAACACUGUCGGCGAGGGGAGAUUAUAAAUCCGUCUACAGUCGACCGUGACACUCACCGGUAAGCACUAAUAUGAGAGAGGCUUGUUGAGUUCUCCGUAAAGGUCCAGCCCUCGGCCUCCCCAUGCCUCCAUCUCCCCUUGACGACAGAAUUGUGGUGGCGCUGCCAAGGCCAAUUCGACCUCAGGAACUCCAACUGCGCCUGGACACCAGCUCUCUGGACUCCAUCACAACCACCAGCAGCAGCAACACAGUCAUCAGCACCACCGUGGUGAAGAUCCGGGCGACGGCCAAUCUUGUAUCGUAUAUGCCCUCAUCCAAGGGCUCCACGCGCUCGUUGUCGUGUGGAUGCAGCAGUGCCAGCUGCUGCUCUGUGACUACCUAUGAGAAGGACAGCCAGAGCCUCAGCCACAGCCAGGUGAGCGCUAGUAGCCCCAACCUCAGCUAUGCUGGACCGUCCACACCUAUGGUCAGCAACCAUGAAGCAUUAAGCGCCCCCAGUCUCAUCCCAGGAACGCCAAAGGCCCUGUCCACUCUGAGGGUCAUUCACCCCAAUGAGCUGGCCAAGCGCAUGACCUGCUGCCCUAUGGGUCAUCCCGUGGGGCCUGUGCCGGUCAUCAUUGACUGCCGACCCUUCAUGGAGUACAACAAGAGCCACAUUCGUGGGGCUGUGCACAUCAACUGCUCCGACAAGAUCAGCCGCCGGCGGCUGCAGCAGGGCAAGAUCACUGUGCUGGACCUCAUCUCUUGCCGUGAGGGCAAGGACUCUUUUAAGGGCAUCUUCUCCAAAGAGAUUGUGAUUUAUGAUGAGAGCACUACAGAUCCCCACCGGCUGACGUCCUCCCAGCCGCUACAUGUGGUCCUGGAAUCACUGAGGAGGGAGGGAAAGGACCCCAUCGUUCUCAAAGGAGGCCUUAGCUGCUUCAGGCAGAGCCAUGAAAACCUGUGUGAGCACUCGCUGCACCGCCACGAGGGCUUGGACACGGGGGCAGCCGCUGGCCUGACGGGGCCUCUACCUCACUCCUUGCCUUCCACCCCGGACAUCGAGAACGCAGAGCUGACACCAAUAUUGCCCUUCCUCUAUCUGGGGAACGAGCAUGACGCUCAGGACGCCAACCUGCUGCAGCGGUUGAACAUCGGCUACAUCCUAAAUGUGACCACCCACCUGCCGCUCUAUCACUAUGACACAGGCCUCUUCAUCUACAAGCGCCUGCCUGCCACCGACAGCAACAAGCAGAACCUGCGCCAGUACUUCGAGGAGGCAUUUGAAUUCAUUGAGGAAGCACACCAAGCAGGUAUGGGCCUUCUGAUCCACUGCCAGGCAGGGGUGUCUCGUUCAGCCACCAUCGUGAUCGCCUACCUGAUGAAGCACACCUGGAUGACCAUGACAGAUGCCUACAAGUUUGUCAAAACCAGGAGGCCCAUCAUCUCUCCAAACCUUAACUUCAUGGGCCAGUUGUUAGAGUUUGAGGAGGACCUCAACAAUGGAAUAACGCCACGAAUCCUCACACCAAAGCUGAUUGACUCUCUUGAGUGGCAAAGCUCUUGGUCAAUGGCGAAGAAAAAUGCCAAAAAUCCCAAAUGUUUGGACCUGGCCGAAGUCCCGGAGGAGAAGACGAGUCCAAUGGAGAGGGAGCGGUCAAGCUUUCCAUUUGUAACCUCAGAGCAGCGAACUCGAAGGAGAAGAAAAUCGAUUUGGAAAUGAUAUUCUCCUUGCAGUUACUGACAAGAGGGACUCUUAAAGCUCACACUGUGGCACACAGUUCUUGUUUGCUGACUUAGGCAGGGUUGGCCAUGGCAGUGCCUGUCUAAAUAAAAGAAGAAGAAAAAAAAAGAUGAUGACUUGUUUGGUGUGUUAAUGUUGUUCUAUUUUUAUACCGGGGUUAAAGGGGAUGACCAUUACGAGCCUACAGUGGCUUACUGUGCAAUAAUUUGAGUGGAAUGCAACAGACCUUGAUCUUAAAUGUGUAUAUAUCAGUAAAGAUUACAAAACAUUUCCAGCUCUUUGCUGAAGAACCAUUUUAAUGUUGAUGUAAUUACUGCUGUUAAGCUCUAUGUAUUUAUGGUGCAUUCAAUCAUGCUGUAAUAUUUGGCGCUGAUCUGUAUGAGAAUCAGAAAAAAUGGGGUUGUAUUUUAAGUGCAGCCCAUGAGUUAAUGUCUGUUGAAGCAUACAUUCGCAUUUUGAGCAUUUGUGUUAGUAUCUUGGUUUUGCCGUUCCUGCAUCCCCGUAUAUUUUUAGCAAUACACAUAUUACCAGACAGCCAUAAGAGCUUUUUUUUAAUGCAUGACUGCUCGCAGAGGAAGGAACACUUUGAAAUAAUAGGCGAAUAUCAUAAAACAGGGCUACUGGUGAUGUUUAAUGUAACACAGCUGUGGAUUUUCACUGCCUGCUUCUGUCUCCUCCAUUUGUUUUUGCUCCACUUCAUCCAUUAGCCAGUGCUGUUGUACUCUACUUUACUGUUACUGUCUAUGUCAGCCUACAUCAUAUGUUCUUGGGGAUGCCCUACAUUGUGAGCUAUGAUUUAGCCCCUUUUAAUGUAGCAGAGUUGAGGUUUGUAUGUCAAACAAAUAUACACUUCCUAUUAUGGGCCACGGUUUGUGUCACAGCAGUGGUACAGUAGAGCAGCCUAAUCUUUGUCCGAUUUGUUUUGCAACUCCCUGCCACUGGCACCAAGCUGGAGUUAAGUGAGCUCUUCUGCCUUGCAUACAGUAGGCAAGCACUGCUGUCACAUGCUGCUCCAGUGCCUCUAUCAAUGCCUUAAAUCAUGCCACCACUGAGCCUGUGCAUGGCUCAGCAUCACAUACAGACAAAUACUCAACACACAGAGGUUGCAUUUUACUAUCAGACAAAAACUUUCCUAUUUGUCUCACAAAUUAAAUGUAAAGCAAUUAUAUCUGUCAUUUCUGACCAGUAUGCUUAAUAUAGCAGAACUGCAAUCAAAGACAUUAAAGAGCCUAUAGAUAAAAACAAACAAACAAACAAAAAAUCUCAUUAUGUAACUGUGAUCUAGUGGCAUUUGAAGGAGAACCUGGGCAUCACCUUAAAUUGUAUCAACUCAGCACUAAACAGUACUGUAUUAAAGCAAACAAAAAGUUUACCUUCAUCUGCUUCUGCACUAAUCGCUGACUUAUAACCAAUACGUGGAGAUGGACGUCUUUUUGUGAACUGUUAGAACACUCGACUUUGCAACAUCAUCCACUCAACUGAGUUUUAGCUGCCUGGACAAACUAUGUAUUGACACCAUUUCGAAAUAACAUCACGUAGGUUUUUCUGCAAUGUGUUAUGUUUUAAAAGUUACUUCUGUGACUGGCUGAUAUUAGCCAAUAACACUGGCCAACCAAAGUAUUGACUGGGCUCAGAUGCAUUCAUUUUGUUGGUACACAGAUUCUAGAUUCUGUCUCAUCUGUUGGUUUUUACACGUUUAUAUUCAGAACAAUAACAAACUGGUUGAUAAGAAUGGAAAUCUAUAACCACACAGCUAGGAUGCAUUUACAUUUACUUGUAUACAACAGAGCACAUACUAUAAAGAAGAUUGUUUUCUUGACUAACCUAUCAGAGAUCAACAUUGACAAACUUCCCUUUGAAAUUAAAAAAAAAAUACCCUAAUUAAAGACUGGGAAUUAUAUGUCUUUGAUUUAAAUUGGUUAGAUUAGAUGAACCCAAGGGGUUUAAGGUCUGCCACAUAAACAAGUGUGUAGAAUUUCAGCUAAAGUCAGAGCAUUAAAUUCAGACCAAAAAAGAAAUAAGUAUUUUAUGUCUGCAGCUUCCUCACAAAUUAUUUCUAGUUCUGUUUAUGAUAAUGGUGUUCCUCUGGGGUUCUUUCUGUUCAGCUCUCCAUUGUAAAGCGUAGAACAAAGCACAGGGCUAACAACAUUUGUCAAAGCGCCAAUAUUAAUUGUUUUGCAACUAACCUGCUGUGAACCAUUAUAUCUUUAAAGCCAAAUCCAAAAGUUUAAAAAUGAUAAUCUGCUUCUGUAAGUGGGAUAAAUGAGAAUCCAAGUUUUCAAGGCAUAGCACAUCCACAGUGUGCUCUCCGUAAGGCUUUACAACAGACACUCACAGCAGUAAACCUGAAAACCUCCUCGUGACAACUUAUGCUAUGCAAAAUUAAAUUGUAACAUUUUUCAGGUGAUGAAAUUGUUUUGUGAGGUCUUUACAAACAUUUUUAACAUGAAAAACAAGCUUGCAAGCUCCAAUGGAAGUUAAAUUUAAGAGUUUGUUUUGUGACAAGUUUAAAGAAAUGUUCUUUUGUUUGUUUUUUCUGCUUUAUGUUGCUUUUGUCACUAGUGUGUCCUGGUGCUUCACAAUAUAUAUUAAUAACCUUUUACCAAACAUUUACAGAUUUUGCUUAUCAUCUGAGCCAAUGUUAAAAAUAAGAAAAAUAUACUUUUCAUCUGAGCUGCUGAUUCCUGCAAUCGCAGUGGCAUUAAAAAACAAAACAAAAAAAUAUCUGUUUGACUAAAUAGUGUAACGGUACUCUGGUUGGAGAUAAAGCAUGCUGCGUGCUCCUGCUCUGUGAGGGACACUGGCAGUCAUUAUGGUGCUGUCCGUCUUUCCAACUGCUUUUCCUGUAGCGGUCAUAUCCUGAAUGACAGCUCCAAAAGGCUUCUGCUCCCCUUUAUUUGGAAACAUGGUUCUGAAUUAGAACAAUAUCAAGCUGUCAUGUUUGAUGUGCACUCUUUACGACUAGACUUGUUUCAGAGUCUCUGCUUUGGGCUCAGAGGCUCUGGUGGAAAUGGGCUUCACUCUACAAGACUGUAUAUUUCUUGUGUCUGUAAUCAACAGUCAAGUAUUUACAGUAUAUAAAUAUAUAUAUAUAUAUUUUCUUUGUAUGCAUAUAUUCAUUACUAUUUUUGCACUGACCUAUGGACAGAUGGAUUUAUUUUUUUCCACAAAGGGUGCUAUGAUAUCGGAGGCCUUCUCCCACACCUUUUUGCAUGACUUGCUCAAAGUUCCCGGUCUGUUAUCUCUCCUUCUCUUUCCCUAAUACUCCUUGAACUAUUGCAAUUAAAGCACUGUAAUUUUGUAAUCCCUACUUGUGAGCUUUGAAAUAAACAGGGAGGCUUCAAGUUUGA